AUGGAAGCUAUCAGACUGCUGAUAUUGUGUUUGGCAGUAAUAACUGUGAGUGCAGUUCCUGCGCCACUAAAAAAUGAUGGCAAUCGCUAUGUUUGGUUUAGCGACGACGACGGAGAAUCCCAGCUCGUGGAUUUAGUAGCCCCCGUCGACGAAAAUUUGUUAAAUACAAGAAAUGGAGCAAAUAAUGCCUAUUGGUUAUAUACAAGGAGAAAUACAAAUAAUCCUCAAUCGAUCAUAAAUGGUGACGCCAAUUCCGUCCGAAAUUCCAACUACAACAGUAACGUGCCACUGAAGAUAGUUGUUCACGGAUGGACAGGCAGUUUAAAUUCAGUCUUAAACGCACGAAUCAAAGAUGCAUUUCUAGCAAUUAGUGACGUCAAUGUCGUAGUCGUUGAUUGGCACGCGCUAGCAGCAGGGAACUAUGUGACAGCCGUAGUAGGGGUACCAAGUGUUGGUCAACAUCUGGGCAAUUUUGUUAAUUGGCUGCUGAACACAGGCGGUGGCAACUGGAACAACGUGCAUUUCGUCGGCUUCAGCUUAGGUGCUCAUAUUGUAGGAAUUGCUGGUAGACAAGUUGGCGGGAGAGCCAGGAGAGUGACAGGUCUGGAUCCAGCAGGCCCUCUAUGGUACACAAACUCGAACGCAUUAAACCGUAACGCAGGACAAUAUGUCGAAGUAAUUCAUACAAAUGUCGACGCUAUGGGUAUACGGAGUGCUAUUGGAGAUACAGAUUUCUAUCCUAAUGGCGGAAGACACCAACCUGGCUGUAAUAACGACCAGUGUGCGCACAGCCGAGCAUAUGAUUUAUUUGCUUCUAGCAUCCGUACCAACCAUUUUCAAGGUCGAUUAUGCUCUAACCUAAAUCAAGCCCUUAGCAACCAAUGUAGUGGAAACACCUUAAAUAUGGGAAAUGGUAUAUUAAACAAAAAUGGAAAUGGAAUCUAUGGUCUCAGUACGGGAAGUAGUUGGCCAUACUAA